GCUGGCCGGUGGUACAGUAUCAGUCAACGUUUUGUUCUCACUAUCGAACAGUGUUCUUUAGCCAGUGUCACUUCAAGACCUCAUCACCACCACCAACAAAAACCAGCACCAUGAACUCCAUCGUUGCAGCAGUCAUCCUUUCCGUCGUCGUCGUUGGUGCCAUGGCCGACUACCCGGCCCCGGCCAAGUACGAAGCACCGGCCAAGGGAGGAUACCACGUACCCGCCCACGGCUACGGCCAUGCCCCCGCAUCCCACCACGGUGGAUACGCUCACCAUUCGGCCCCGGUUGUCCACGCUUACGCCGCCAAGGCUCCGCAUGUCAAGUGCGGCGCUAACCUGCUGGUCGGCUGCGCACCCAACGUAGCCCAUGUGCCAUGCGUCCCAGCUCACCACGGUGGAUACGCCGCGCCCGCCCACCAUGCCGCCCCGGCCCACUACGCUGCCCCGGCCGCCCACCACGCAUACGCCCCAGCCCAUGGAUACCGUUCCUUCUCCGAGGCUGACCAGGCAUCCGCCUUCGAUCUGGAGGACUAAG